CGGCUGCCGAGGAUCUGGGCGCUGCUGUCGCCGCUCCUUGGGGGGCUCGCGCUGCUAGGAGUCGGGCCGGUCCCGGCGCGGGCGCUGCACAACGUCACGGCCGAGCUCUUUGGGGCCGAGGCCUGGGGCACCCUGGCGGCCUUCGGGGAUCUCAACUCCGACAAGCAGACGGACCUCUUCGUGCUGCGGGAAAGAAAUGAUUUAAUCGUCUUUUUGGCAGACCAGAAUGCACCCUAUUUUAAACCCAAAGUAAAGAUAUCUUUGAAGAAUCACAGUGCACUGAUCACAAGUGUAGUCCCUGGGGAUUAUGAUGGAGAUUCACAAAUGGAUGUCCUUCUGACGUAUGUUCCCAAAAAUCAUGCCGGUGUUGAAUUAGGAGCUGUUAUCUUCUGGGGACAAAAUCAAACAUUAGAUCCUCACAAUAUGACCAUACUCAAUAAGACUUUUCAAGAUGAACCACUAAUUAUGGAUUUCAAUGGCGAUCUAAUUCCUGAUAUAUUUGGUAUCACAAGUGAAUCAGAACAGCCACAAGUAUUAUUAGGAGGGAAUCUGUCCUGGCAUCCUGCAUUGAACACUAGAGAGAAAAUGCGAAUUCCACAUUCCCACGCAUUUAUUGAUUUGACUAAAGAUUUUACAGCGGAUAUAUUCCUCACGACAUUGUCUGCCCCGAAUUCCUUCCGAUUUGAGAUAUGGGAAAAUUUGGAUGGAAACUUCUCUCUCGCUACUGUACUUGAAAAACCUCAAAAUAUGAUGGUGGUUGGACAGUCAGCAUUUGCAGACUUUGACGGAGAUGGACACAUGGACCACUUACUGCCAGGCUGUGAAGAUACAAACUGCCAGAAAAGUACCAUUUACUUAGCAAAAUCUGGAACAAAGCAGUGGGUUCCAGUAUUAAAAGAUUUCACCAAUAAGGGCACACUCUGGGGCUUUGUGCCAUUUGUACAGGAACAACGACCAGCUGAAAUACCCAUUCCAAUUACCCUUCAUAUCGGAGACUACAACAUGGAUGGCUAUCCAGAUGCUCUUGCUAUAUUAAAGAAUACAUCUGGAAGCAAUCAGCAGGCCUUUUUACUGGAGAAUGUCCCUUGUAAUAAUGCAAGCUGUGAGAAAGCACAUCGUAUGUUUAAAGUCUACUGGGAGCUGACAGACCUAAAUCAAAUCAGAGAUGCCAUGGUUGCUACCUUCUUUGACAUUUACGAAGAUGGAAUCUUGGAUAUUAUAGUACUAAGUAAAGGAUAUACAAAAAAUGAUUUUGCCAUCCAUACUCUAAAAAAUAACUUUGAAGCAGAUGCUUAUUUUGUAAAAGUCAUUGUUCUCAGUGGUCUUUGUUCCAAUGACUGUCCUCGUAAGAUAACACCCUUUGGAGUGAAUCAGCCUGGACCUUAUAUCAUGUAUACAACUGUGGAUGCAAAUGGGUAUCUGAAAAAUGGCUCAGCUGGACAACUCAGCCAGUCAGCACAUUUAGCUCUCCAACUACCAUACAACGUUCUUGGGUUAGGUCGAAGUGCAAAUUUUCUUGACCACCUAUAUGUUGGUAUUCCUCGUCCAUCUGGAGAAAAGUCUAUACGAAAACAAGAAUGGACUGCAAUCAUUCCAAAUUCUCAGCUAAUUGUCAUUCCAUACCCUCACAAUGUCCCUCGAAGCUGGAGUGCCAAACUAUAUCUUACACCAAGUAACAUUGUUCUACUUACUGCUAUAGCUCUCAUCGGUGUCUGCGUUUUCAUCUUGGCAAUAAUUGGCAUUUUACAUUGGCAGGAAAAGAAAGCAGAUGAUAGAGAAAAGCGACAAGAAGCCCAUCGGUUUCAUUUUGAUGCUAUGUGACUUGCCCUUAAUAUUACAUAAUGGAAGAGCUAUCCAUUUGAUUAGUUCAAGUAUUAAAUUCUGGCUUAUGGAAGAAAAUAGGGGAUUUUGAAUUUAAUUUAUAAAUUAUGCAUCUCUUGGUAAUUAUUGGAAAGUAUUCAAAUAAAUAUGAUCUCAAUGUGUCACAGGUCUUUUUUUUUUUUUAAGCACUUUGUAUACAGUAAUUUGGGUUCUUUAUUCCAGUGGUGUACAUUUUUCUUCUUUUGUGAAAUGUGUUGCAUGUUCUCUGGUAUUUAUGUAUUUAUCAUAUUAGGGUAAUGAUGAUGGAAAAAGACAUGUACAAUAAAAAUAAUUGAGUGGGAUCUUUCAUGUUCCACUUGAUCUUGUUUCUUGUUCUAAUGAUGCAGAUUAUACUUUUGGGAAUGUGUCACAGAUAACGUUUUUAAACAUUCACCUUCAUUACAGCAUGUCAGGGGUCUCUCACUAACUGUAUACAAUACAGUGAUUGAGUGCUCUGGCUCUGGAAUUAAUAGUAAGACAAACUUGCCUUAACUUCCUGGUUCUAGCACUUACAAAGUUAUUGUUUGAACUUGGCUACCGCUUAACCUCUGUAAGGCUCAGUUUUGUUUUUUAUACAAUGGGGCUAAUAAUACCUACGUACCUUGAGUUAUUGUAAACAUUAAAUGGGUUGAUGUCUAUAAAAUGCUUAGCUUGGUGCGUAGCACAGAGUAAGUGCUGAAUCUAAGUGGUCGUUGUCAAUAGUACUACUUCUAGAUGAUUUGAUUAGACUUCUACAACGAAUUAUCAAAAUAAAUAAGAGCCGAUAGAAUUUUAUUUUCAGGAAAAUAUGAGGAAAUCAUUUUGGAAAAUCUAAAUUCUUGUUGGUUGACAUCUUAUAUAAAGAUUGCUUGUUGAUAUUAACUAAAAAUUAUAGUACUCUCAAAGAAUUAAUUAAUGUGUCCUAAAAAUUUUUAUUUGAAAACUGAUCUUUAUCAUGUGAUAAUGAGCAUUUGAUUUCUCAAGAGGAAACUGCUUUAGGCAG